GCGCACGCGGCGGUCAGCUGACCUCCUUGUUGACAAAGCAGAUCCGCGCGCGGCAGAAGAGGCAGAGGUAGUUCUGUCUGCCGCGGUGGUGAGUCCGGGCUGGGAGCUUCAGAAGGAGCGCCGUCCACGGGUCUGGUUCCGAUCCGCUCCCUCUUCCUAAAGCGACUCGUGCUCUUUCGGUACUUUGAGUUCCUGCCUCGCCUGACCGGCGGUCCAUGACAGAGCUGAAUCCGGGGAAGGAGCAGGGAGCGCGGCCGCCGGUAUGGACAGCGAGAGACGGAGGCUUCUGGACGCCGAGAGCGGCGACGAGACCCCCACGGGGCUCAUAUCCGAGCAGGACGCCUACCUGAGUAAGGUGAAGAAUGUGAAGCUGUACCUGGCCACCUUCGCCUCCGUCCUGGGCCCCAUGAGCUUCGGCUUCGUGUUGGGAUACAGCUCCCCCGCUAUCCCGGAGCUCACCAGGAUCUCUGACCCCCGACUCCGGCUGGACGACGUGCAGGCCUCCUGGUUUGGGUCCAUCGUGACGUUAGGAGCAGCAGCUGGGGGGCUGGUGGGGGGCUGGAUGGUGGGGAGGAUCGGCAGGAAGCUGAGCCUGAUGCUGUGCGCUCUGCCCUUCGUCUUUGGCUUCACCAUGAUCAUUGCAGCGCAGAACAUCUUGAUGCUUUACAUCGGCAGAGUUCUCACCGGCAUGGCCAGCGGGGUCACGUCUCUGGUCGUUCCGCUGUACAUCUCUGAGAUGGCUCAUGAGAAGGUGCGGGGAACUCUGGGCUCCUGCGUGCAGCUCAUGGUGGUGCUCGGCAUCCUACUGGUUUAUUUUUUAGGUCUCUUCAUGGAUUGGCGCUGGCUGGCCAUCUGCUGCUCCGUCCCGCCGUCGCUUAUGAUGGUCUUCAUGUGCUUCAUGCCUGAGACGCCCCGCUUCCUGCUGUCGCAGGGCAAGAGACGGGAGGCCGAGGAGGCGCUGCGCUUCCUGCGAGGGCCGGAUGCUCCUGUUGAAUGGGAGUGCGCCCGCAUCGAGGACGCCAGUGACAGUCAGGGGACCAGUUUCCACAUUUCUGACCUGAAGGACCCUGGAGUCUACAAACCCCUCAUCAUUGGCAUCAUGCUGAUGGUGUUUCAGCAGAUGACCGGGGUCAAUGCCAUCAUGUUCUACGCUGAGAAUAUUUUUGAACAAGCUCAUUUUGAGGAGAGCGACCUGGCCUCGGUGAUUGUGGGUCUGAUCCAGGUGGUCUUCACUGCAGUGGCAGCACUGAUUAUGGACAAGGCGGGCAGGAAGAUCCUGCUCGUGAUCUCAGGUGUCGCCAUGACGAUCAGUACUGUUGCGUUGGGGGUCUAUUUUCACUUGAUGUCCAAACUCGGCAGCGCUGUCACUGACACUGUGAGUGUCGCUGCUGAACAGCCAGACCUGUCCUGGCUGGCGCUGGCCAGCAUGGCUGUCUUCAUCUCAGGGUUUGCCAUCGGCUGGGGGCCGAUCCCGUGGCUGAUCAUGUCCGAGAUUUUUCCCGCCAAAGUCAGGGGCUUUGCCAGCGCCAUGGUGGUUCUGUCUAACUGGGGCAUGGCUUUUGUCGUCACCAAAACCUUCCAGGACAUGUUGACGUCUCUGACCAGUGCAGGAACCUUCUGGCUCUUCUCGUCUACCUGCGUCGUCAACAUCCUCUUCACUGUCAUCUUCAUCCCUGAGACCAAAGGAAAGACGCUGGAACAGAUUGAGGCCAUUUUCAGAGGCACUUCUGGUCCGUGAGGCUGAACUGAAGGACUCGUGGAUGAAAGUGGACGUUCUUUUCUCCACGCCUGAGAAGCUGACUUAAACGUGUCACAGUCUCACUGAUUAGAUCGCGGUUUGAUGUAACACUGCAGACUCCUGCCUUUUCCAUUUGUGUAAAAACUGCAGUUUGAUCUGCAUUGAUGAAGAUUUCUUUAUACUUUUCAGUCCGUUACAGAGUGUUUCAACUCUGCUGCCCCUCGCAGGUGUCUGCGCUGACGCACCUCUGAGCGCACUGGAAAACGGGACGUUUUGUCGGUUUAAACGAACCAUUAAAGCUGAGCUCGAAGAGCACACUUGCACCAGAAAUGUUUUUGUUAUACUGUUAAAAUGAAUAAAUGUUUAAGCUCAACCUCC